UACCGGGUCCUACCCUCUCAUGGCAACUGGGGCCAAAUCAAAUUGGGAUUUAAUAAAGCAUUCAGAAGACAUUGCAGGCGAGGCAGAUGUGAACCAGAACAAUGGGAGCUCCGCGCCGGGCCCAGCGGUGACGGACCCCCAAGGCACAGCGGAGCCCAAGAAUGCCGGGCGCGAGGCCAACCCAGCUGACACGGCCGGGCGCCCCCACUUGAUCCGCCUCUUCUCCCGAGAUGCCCCGGGCAGGGAGGACAACACCUUCAAAGAUCGGCCCUCCGAGUCAGACGAGCUACAGACCAUCCAGGAGGACAGUGCAGCAGCUUCAGAGAACUCGGAUUUGAUGGCUUCACAAAAGCGCUCCUCUUUCCGUCACGGAUCAAAAAUGGCCUCUGCGAGCACUACAGACCACGCCAGGCACGGAUCGCCGCGGCACAGAGACUCGGGUCUACUUGACUCGCUGGGCAGAUUCUUUGGAGGUGAAAGACACGUUCCCCGGAGGGGCUCGGGCAAGGACAUACACGCAGCCAGGGCUAGCCACGUAGGGUCCAUCCCCCAGAGGUCUCAGCAUGGGCGGCCUGGAGAUGACAACCCCGUAGUCCACUUCUUCAAGAACAUCGUCUCACCCCGUACUCCUCCUCCAAUGCAAGCAAAGGGAAGAGGAUUAUCCCUCGCCAGAUUUAGCUGGGGAGGCUCCGGCUCCCGACCUGGAUCGCGGUCUGGCUCCCCAGUUGCCAGGCGCUGAAGCUCCAAGAUGCCCUUCAAGGAUCCUGUACUCAGCUUCAUAGCGUAACUGCCUUAAAAUGAGUAACUGCAAGAAUUACCUAGAUAGAUGCAAUCCAUUAAUUAAUGCCAAUUAAGUUCUGCAUGCAGUAGAUUACACAAACUUCUAUUGGCAAUCCCUGACCAACAGUUGAAUGAAAGGAACACACAAAGUAGUUUUACUCGAUGUUUUCCUUGUUUUAUGUAAAGUAACAAGAUCUCUGACUUCACUCAUUCUUCCUCAGGAUGCCCUAACUGUUUGCUAGACUUCAUUAUUUCUCCCAAGCACCUAAUUUCAGUGCAAGUGUUCUGAUUUCUUUUUACUGAGCAUCAGAAUUACAAAAACAUAGCUAAUGCCUUGGGUACUGAGUGCCGCUGUUAGUGAAUUUCUGAGACACUGCUGCAAUAAAAAAAGAAAUGUGCAGAAGCUGUAAAGGACUGUUUAUCCAAGUACUUUUUUUUUGAUUUGGGUUUGUGGAUUUUUGUUUGUUUUAAUCUUCCUUCUCUCACUCACAGAAUAAUUUACUUUUCAUAACAGGAUUAGGCAGUCACGGGAAGGUUACAAACACUGGGAGUUCAAGGUAUGUGCAGCGUGGGAGGGGGCAGAUGUUGCAGAAUGAGAUGCAGAGCUAUAGUGAUAUGGAAAUUCUUCUCAAGUUUCCAAACUAUACAUUGCUCAUCAUACCCAAACCAUUAGAACUAAGAGUGGAUGAGGGAGAGAAAGAGGAUUUCAAAUUUGACUUAGACUAAUGUCAAGAAACAAGGGAUUUUCCCAAAGAAGAAACAUCUAAGAUUGCACACGUGACCACUGAAAGUCACAGUUGCUCCACACAAACUUUGCUGCAACAACAUGAACUUAGCAGUAUAUUAAGUACAUAAAUAAGUCUAAUUUCUGAAAGAAAGCCCUUCAGUACUGGUAUUUAAGAUAGUCCUGCACAUUUCAUGUUAGAGCUAGAAAUUUUCUUCUUGGUACCGCAGCAGUGUUUUAUUUGGUAAACUCAUCUUUUGACUGAAUAGCAUCUGGAUGCUGGUUAAUGGCAGCGCACCAAAGCAAACUCAUAGUAAACUACUGUGAACAUUUAACUGUUGUACUGUAGUUGCCUUAUAGAAAUAAAUUAUAGCUAUGUUAGAUAUAGAUAUUAAUUGUUUACAAAUUACUAAAAUGAAUGUGUGGCAAUGGUAUUUCCAACCACAUGUGGGG